AUGAAGUAUAAGUUUAUUGGCAAAUUUUAAUUAAGUGAUAAUUUUCAUAAUUUUUGGAUGUUUUUCAUUUAAUUUAAGAAAAGUUUUAUCUUAUCUUUAAUAAAAAGUUACUCUAGUUAUGAUAGAUAUUUUCUGAUAGCAUAUAAAGCAUCAAAACAUUAAUUAAAUAUUUAUAUGGAAGUUGAAUAAUAGUAAUAGCCAGUUAGUAUAAGAGGUCUUAAUCUUUCUAAAAUAUCUUAAUCAAGCAUAUAAAUGAAUGAUGAAGAUGAUUUUUAUGGAGGUCAUUCAGGAAGAUCAAUUGAAUUGAGCAUAAAAGAAUGUUAGGAAGUGAAUGAAUUUAAAAAAAAAAGUCUAUAAAUUGAGUUGUCCAUAGUUGACUAUUUGAGCUCUAUGAAUAUAAAAAUGAAAACAGAUCCAAAAGCUAAAUAGGAUCGUUAUUAUUCUAACUUAAGAAAUAACAACAAGAGAAGAGCCUAUACAACACUUGAAAUCGAAAGAGAUUUUUCAGAUAAAUCACCAGAUUCAACUUUCAAAUCAACUUAACUCUCAUUAAAAGUAAAUUAACUUAUUGAGAGAAGAAAGACGUAAUUAAGUUUUGCAAGCACAAAUUAAAGCAUUUCAAGUUUAUAAGCAAUUUCAUUUACAAAAAUAGAGAGAAAAAUAUUUUAAAAGUCAAAAUAAUACGAAUGUGAAGAAAUGGAUAGCAUAAUAUCCAAUUAGUCUCCUUAUUGA